CAUUCCCAAUUGAAAUCAACCCCUUUUGUUUAUAGUUGAAAUACAUUGCAUAAUCACAUUCAAUUGCUUGGUCUAUUGAGAUUCUUGUAUUUUAUCUUGAUUACUUUAUCCGACUGAUCGUGUAUUGUGUUGUUUGAUUGUGAUAUCAUUGAACAAAAGUUGUGUUCCAUGCUUUCUUUCACCAUUUGAAUCACGAAACCAAGAUUGUGCUGUGCUCCAUUUCUCCAUUUGAACAAACUUUCAGGAAUAUCUUACCAAACACGGGAAAAUGGUGGAUCAAAAUAGUAGUUCCUCAUGGUUAAAAUGCCUGAACAAUAUGAGUAGCAUGGUUAUGAGGAACGACCAUGGAGGUGUGACUGUGGAAGUCGGUGGUGAGGAAGGUUAUGCAGUGCGCAAUGCUCGAAAAAAGGAGUUGGUUGAAGUUCCUUGGAAAGGGGCACCAACCAUGGCUCAUCUCUUUGAGCAAUCCUGUGAAAAAUUCAACCACAAUCCAUUUCUUGGAACAAGAAAAUUACUGCAGAAGGAGUUUGUUCAAUCUAGUGAUGGCAGAAGGUUUGAGAAGGUUCACUUGGGAGACUAUGAAUGGAAAACCUAUGGAGAGGUGUUUGCUUGUGUGUGCAAUUUUGGUUCUGGAAUUAUCAAGUUAGGGCACAGUGUAGAUAGCCGUGUUGCCAUUUUCUCUGAUACAAGGGCUGAGUGGCUCAUUGCCCUUCAGGGUUGCUUCAGGCAGAAUGUAACAGUUGUUACUAUUUAUGCUACACUUGGUGAAGAUGCCUUGGUCCAUUCGCUAAACGAGACUGAAGUGUCUACUCUGAUAUGCGAGUCCAAAUUGUUGAAGAAGUUGAAUGCAAUCAGAUCAAAACUAGUCUCUAUCCAAAAUGUCAUUUACUUGGAAGAUGAUAACAGUGAUGAAGAUGCUUUCUCAGGAAGUUUGAGCAACUGGACAAUUGCCUCUUUUAGUGAAGUUGAGAAACUUGGUAAAGAAAAUCCUGUUGAACCAAACUUGCCUUCCAAGAAUGCCAUUGCGGUUAUCAUGUACACAAGUGGUAGUACAGGUCUGCCAAAGGGUGUUAUGAUUACUCAUGGGAAUAUGGUAGCCACAACAGCAGCUGUUAUGACAGUGAUUCCAAAUUUAGGUAGCAAGGAUGUGUACAUGGCAUACUUGCCCCUUGCUCAUGUUUUUGAGAUGGCAGCAGAGUCUGUUAUGCUAACUGCAGGUUGUGCCAUCGGUUACAGCUCUAUUCUGACUUUGACUGACUCAUCCAGUAAAAUCAAGAAAGGAACCAGGGGAGAUGCCAAUGUUUUAAAGCCCACCCUUUUGGCAGCUGUACCUGCUAUUAUUGAUCGUAUUCGGGAUGGAGUUGUAAAGAAGGUUGAGGAUAGAGGGGGGCUUGUGAAGAAUCUUUUUCAUUUUGCAUAUCAGCGCAGACUGACAGCUGUAAAAGGAAGCUGGCUUGGAGCAUGGGGAUUGGAGAAGUUGGUGUGGGAAACCAUUGUCUUUAAGAAAAUCCGUGCUGCACUUGGAGGAAAACUCCGUUACAUGCUUUGUGGGGGAGCCCCUUUAUCUAAAGAUUCACAAAACUUUAUCAAUAUCUGCAUGGGGGUUACUAUUGGGCAAGCAUAUGGCCUGACUGAAACAUUUGCAGGGGCUACGUUCUCAGAGUGGUACGACCACAAGGUGGGGCGUGUUGGUCCACCUCUUCCUUGUUCCUACAUUAAGCUUGUUUCUUGGGAAGAGGGAGGGUAUUUGACAUCAGACAAACCAAUGCCGCGUGGAGAGAUUGUAGUUGGGGGAUUCAGUGUAACCGCUGGUUAUUUUAAGAAUCAAGAAAAAACUGAUGAAGUGUUCAAGGUUGAUGAGCAUGGUAUGCGUUGGUUUUAUACUGGUGAUAUUGGACAAUGCCAUCCUGAUGGGUGUCUUGAGAUCAUAGAUAGGAAGAAGGACAUUGUCAAACUUCAGCAUGGAGAAUAUGUCUCUCUUGGAAAGGUUGAGGCAGCAUUAUCAUCAUGUGAUUAUGUGGAUAAUAUAAUGGUUUAUGCAGACCCCUUUUACAAUUACUGUGUGGCUCUAGUCGUUGCUUGUAAUCAUUCCCUGGAGAAGUGGGCCCAACAAGCUGGUAUUGAGUACAAAGAUUUUUCUGAUAUGUGUAACAAACAGGAAACUGUCACCGAGGUCCUACGAUCUAUUUCUAAGGUUGCAAAAGCUACAAAGCUGGUGAAAUCUGAAAUUCCUGCAAAGAUCAAGUUGCUUCCGGAUCCAUGGACACCUGAAUCUGGAUUAGUCACUAAUGCUCUCAAGAUAAAGAGAGAACAGCUGAAAGCCAAAUUCAAAGAUGAUCUUCAAAAUCUCUAUGUAUGAAGUCUUUAAGUUUUUUGUCAACAUAUUGUGCAGUGUAAGUUAUGUAAUUUGUUUUUUCUUUCUAAAUCUGAAAGUGGUGUGUGUGUAUUGUUUGUAAAUUGUAAUUAUAUAUUUCAUAUGGCAUAGCAAAGACAUGCAUGAUAUAGUCAUG